GGUUUUUACGUUUAAAAUUUUAAAUACAUUUAUAGCAGAAUAAUGAACAAUCCAGGAACAAGUGCAACGAAUCCAGAUAACAUUUGUAAAUUGUGUAACACUCGUCCUCGUUUAUAUACUUGUCCAAGAUGUGAAAUAGGAUAUUGUAGUACUGAUUGUUAUAAAUCAGAACCUCAUUUAGAAUGUUCAGAGAGUUUUUAUAAACAGUGUAUACAAGAAGAAUUAAAAUCUCAAGAAAAUGAUCCAGAAAGUAGAAAGAAAAUGCUUGAAAUUCUUAAAAGGGUACACGAGCAGGAUUUAAGAAACACUAAUUUCUUAGCAAGUGAUGAAGAAGAAGAAGGAGAAGGAGAAGAGCUAAAUGAACAACUGGAUUCAGAUGAUGAAGACGUACCAGAUUUAGGAAAAAGACUACAUGAAGUAAAUUUGGAUAAUGCGGAUGAAGUAUGGUCUGCAUUAACUGACGCUGAGAGACAAGAAUUUGAAGCUUUAGUAAAAAAUGGUGAAAUCGAGAAAUUAUUACCUCAGUGGAUUCCAUGGUGGACAUACCAUGUUAAAAGGAAACUUGUUCAAGAUAUAGAUCAGCAAGAUGAUGAACAAACAAAGCAAUGUCCUUCCAUAGUAGAUGUUCCAAUAUUUAAUGAAUUACAGAAAGCUUCUUCAAAAAUUAAUUAUAACAUAAUGAACGUAAUAUAUGCAUAUGCAUACAUAGCAAAUUAUUAUAAUGGGGAUUAUUUAAGUUGUCCAAUAGAAGCUACAAUUGUCUUUCUUGACCUUUGUAAUAACAUAAAACUGAAUACAGUUUAUGAAACAGCAGAAUCAGCAAUAGCUUCUAUUGUUCACAAUAUCAUCAGUUGUGAUUGGUUACCACAUGAUGAACAAACUUUAUCGGCCGUUCAAAAAGCUGGGAAUUUAAUAAUGCAAGGACCAGAUCAGAAAAACAAAUAUCUCUAUAUUGCUGUUGCCCUUUCUGAGUUAUACAGAUUAUUUACAGCAACUAAAGAAUCAAUAUCCAAACAUACAAAUAAAAAUGAGAACAAAGAAUUUUCAAUAAAAUUUGCGCAAAGAUAUAAUAUAAAUAAUGUAAAUUUGUCAAAGAAAGUUUUGCUUUUAUACUGUAAAAAAUUAGAAUACUACUUAUCAUGGACUAAAAGUUGCCAUGUAAAGAUGUGCACAUGAAUAGUUUAUAGUUGAAAUAAAUAUAAAUUUUGAUAAAUAAAAA